GCGCUCCCGCCUCUUCCGCUUCGGAGCCCCGCCCAGGCCUCGCCCCUCGGCGCUCCCGUCCCUCCCCCUCCCCUGUUGCUAGCUUUCUGUCAGCCUCUCUCCCUCUCCCUCUCCCCUCUCCUUCCUCUGGCUUCCUCUCUCGCACCUGAGCGCAAGCACCUGCCCGGGCCCAGCUCCCUCUUCCUCCUCCCCUCCCUCUUUCCCCGCCCGGCCGCGGGAGCCUCUUGGCUGCGUCACCGCCGCCCCCCAAGACAAAAUGGACACCGCCGAGGAAGACAUAUGUAGAGUGUGUCGGUCGGAAGGAACACCUGAGAAACCACUUUAUCAUCCUUGUGUAUGUACUGGCAGUAUUAAGUUUAUCCAUCAAGAAUGCUUAGUUCAGUGGCUGAAACACAGUCGAAAAGAAUACUGUGAAUUAUGCAAGCACAGAUUUGCUUUUACACCAAUUUAUUCUCCAGAUAUGCCUUCACGGCUUCCAAUUCAAGACAUAUUUGCUGGACUGGUUACAAGUAUUGGUACUGCAAUACGAUAUUGGUUUCAUUAUACACUUGUGGCCUUUGCAUGGUUGGGAGUUGUUCCUCUUACAGCAUGCCGCAUCUACAAGUGCUUGUUUACUGGCUCCGUGAGCUCACUACUGACACUGCCAUUAGAUAUGCUGUCAACGGAAAAUUUGUUGGCAGAUUGUUUGCAGGGUUGUUUUGUGGUGACAUGUACCCUGUGUGCAUUCAUCAGCCUGGUGUGGUUGAGAGAGCAGAUAGUCCAUGGGGGAGCACCAAUUUGGUUGGAGCAUGCUGCUCCACCCUUCAAUGCUGCAGGACAUCACCAAAAUGAGGUUCCAGCAGGAGGAAAUGGUGCAGAAAAUGUUGCUGCUGAUCAGCCUGCUAACCCACCAGCUGAGAAUGCAGUGGUGGGGGAAAACCCUGAGGCCCAGGAUGACCAGGCAGAAGAGGAGGAGGAGGAGAAUGAGGAGGAAGAUGAUGCUGGUGUGGAAGAUGUGGCAGAUGCUAAUAAUGGAGCUCAGGAUGACAUGAACUGGAAUGCUUUAGAAUGGGACCGAGCUGCUGAAGAGCUUACAUGGGAAAGAAUGCUAGGACUUGAUGGAUCACUAGUUUUUCUGGAACAUGUCUUCUGGGUGGUAUCUUUAAAUACACUGUUCAUUCUUGUUUUUGCAUUUUGCCCUUACCAUAUUGGUCAUUUCUCCCUUGUUGGUUUGGGAUUUGAAGAACAUGUCCAAGCAUCUCAUUUUGAAGGCCUAAUUACCACCAUAGUUGGGUAUAUACUUCUAGCAAUAACACUGAUAAUUUGUCAUGGCUUGGCAACCCUUGUGAAAUUUCAUAGGUCUCGUCGCUUACUAGGAGUCUGCUAUAUUGUUGUUAAGGUCUCUUUGUUAGUGGUGGUAGAAAUUGGAGUAUUCCCUCUCAUUUGUGGUUGGUGGCUGGAUAUCUGUUCCUUGGAAAUGUUUGAUGCUACUCUGAAAGAUCGAGAACUGAGCUUUCAGUCUGCUCCAGGUACUACCAUGUUUCUGCAUUGGCUAGUGGGAAUGGUGUAUGUCUUCUACUUUGCGUCCUUCAUUCUAUUACUGAGAGAGGUACUUCGACCUGGUGUCCUGUGGUUUCUCAGGAAUUUGAAUGAUCCAGAUUUCAAUCCAGUACAGGAAAUGAUCCAUUUGCCAAUAUAUAGGCAUCUCCGAAGAUUUAUUUUGUCAGUGAUUGUCUUUGGCUCCAUUGUCCUCCUGAUGCUUUGGCUUCCUAUACGUAUAAUUAAGAGUCUGCUGCCUAAUUUUCUUCCAUAUAAUGUCAUGCUCUACAGUGAUGCUCCAGUGAGUGAACUGUCUCUCGAGCUGCUUCUGCUUCAGGUUGUCUUACCAGCAUUACUUGAACAGGGACACACAAGACAGUGGCUGAAGGGGCUGGUGCGAGCGUGGACUGUGACUGCCGGAUACUUGCUGGAUCUUCAUUCUUACUUAUUGGGAGACCAGGAAGAAAAUGAGAACAGUGCAAAUCAACAAGUCAACAAUAAUCAACAUGCUCGAAAUAACAACGCUAUUCCUGUGGUGGGGGAAGGCCUGCAUGCAGCCCAUCAAGCCAUACUCCAGCAGGGAGGGCCUGUUGGCUUUCAACCUUACCGCCGACCUUUAAAUUUUCCACUCAGGAUAUUUCUGUUGAUUGUCUUCAUGUGUAUAACAUUACUGAUUGCCAGCCUCAUCUGCCUUACUUUACCAGUAUUUGCUGGCCGUUGGUUAAUGUCAUUUUGGACGGGGACUGCCAAAAUCCACGAGCUCUACACAGCUGCUUGUGGUCUCUAUGUUUGCUGGCUAACCAUAAGGGCUGUGACGGUGCUGGUGGCAUGGAUGCCUCAGGGACGCAGAGUGAUUUUCCAGAAGGUUAAAGAGUGGUCUCUCAUGAUCAUGAAGACUUUGAUAGUUGCAGUGCUGUUGGCUGGAGUUGUCCCUCUCCUUCUGGGGCUCCUGUUUGAGCUGGUCAUCGUUGCUCCCCUGAGGGUUCCCUUGGAUCAGACUCCUCUUUUUUAUCCAUGGCAGGACUGGGCACUUGGAGUCCUGCAUGCCAAAAUCAUUGCAGCUAUAACAUUGAUGGGUCCUCAGUGGUGGUUGAAAACUGUAAUUGAACAGGUUUACGCAAAUGGCAUCCGGAACAUUGACCUUCACUAUAUUGUUCGUAAACUGGCAGCUCCAGUGAUUUCUGUGCUGUUGCUUUCCCUGUGUGUACCUUAUGUCAUAGCUUCUGGUGUUGUUCCUUUACUAGGUGUUACUGCAGAAAUGCAAAACUUAGUCCAUCGGCGGAUUUAUCCAUUUUUACUGAUGGUUGUGGUAUUGAUGGCAAUCUUAUCCUUCCAAGUCCGCCAGUUUAAGCGCCUUUAUGAACAUAUUAAAAAUGACAAAUACCUUGUGGGGCAACGACUUGUGAACUACGAACGGAAAUCUGGCAAACAAGGCUCAUCUCCACCACCUCCACAGUCAUCCCAAGAAUAAAGUGGUUGUCUCAGCAACUUGACCUUCUCCUUUUCGUGUCCUUUUUUGUGGACUUCUCUCCUUGGAGAUUUUUCCCAGUGAUCUCUCAGCGUUUUUAAGUUAAAUGUAUUUGACUUUUGUUCUCAGCAUUCAGAGAGCAGUGGUGUAAGGCUCUGCUGCUCUUCCCUGCAUUUCUGACAUUACUGCUGUCUGAGAUUUGUAUAUGUGUAAAUAGAAGUUCCUUGAUACCCUAAAACCUUGGAUUAAACAGAAUGUGCAUUGUACAUCUUUAAACAAAAUGUAUAUUAAUUUAUUAAAUCUAGUUGUCACUUUA